CAGCUAUUGAAUCUGAAGCAAAUCUGAGAAUCUACCAAACUCCCACGCCUGUAUUUUGCUUCCACGAAUAAUAAAGAUCACACGGAGUACAUAUUGUUCCCCGCAAGUGAAAGCAAGAGCCUUUUUGUUUAUUGAUGGGUGAGGAGUUAGCUGAUACAAUGAACCUGGAUUUGAAUCUUGGGCCUGGUCCAGAGUCUGAUCUCCAACCUGCACCAAACGAGACUGUGAAUUUGGCUGAUUGGACUAAUGACCCGCCUGAGAGAUCUUCUGAAGCUGUGACGAGGAUCAGGACUCGGCAUAGGACGCGAUUCAGACAGCUUAAUCUCCCUAUCCCGGUUCUAUCUGAAACCCAUACCAUGGCUAUAGAACUGAACCAGUUGAUGGGAAGUUCUGUCAAUGGAGCUGCUAUGCAGACUGGUGAGGGUAGUGAAAGAGGCAAUGAGGAUCUGAAAAUGUGUGAGAACGGCGAUGGAGCCCUUGGGGACGGUGUAUCGGAGAAGAAAGCGGAUAUCGAUAAAAGCAGUGGCAGCGACGGUAACUUUUUCGAUUGUAAUAUAUGUUUGGAUUUGUCGAAGGAGCCGGUUCUCACCUGUUGUGGCCAUCUUUACUGUUGGCCUUGUCUGUACCAAUGGUUACAAAUUUCGGAUGCGAAGGAAUGUCCGGUUUGCAAAGGAGAGGUGACCUCCAAAACCGUGACACCGAUCUAUGGGCGUGGAAACCACAAAAGAGAAAUUGAAGAGAGUUUAGAUACUAAGAUCCCCAUGAGACCACACGCGAGACGCAUUGAGAGCUUGAGGAAUACAAUUCAAAGGUCGCCUUUUACAAUACCGAUGGAAGAAAUGAUUAGACGUAUACAGAAUAGGUUUGACAGGGAUUCAACCCCGGUCCCUGAUUUUAGUAACCGCGAGGCAUCGGAGAGAGUCAACGAUAGAGCCAAUUCAAUCCUUAACCGGUUGAUGACAUCUAGGGGAGUUAGAUCAGAGCAGAACCAGGCUAGUGCUGCAGCAGCAGCCAUUGUCGCAGCAACAGAGGAUAUCGAUCUGAAUCCAAACAUUUCUCCUGAUCUUGAAGGAGAAACCAACACGAGAUUCCAUCCUCUGUUGAUCAGGAGACAGUUACAGUCGCACCGAGUUGCAAGGAUCUCGACUUUCACUUCAGCGUUGAGUUCUGCUGAGAGGCUUGUAGAUGCGUAUUUUAGGACUCAUCCAUUGGGGAGGAACCACCAAGAGCAAAACCAUCAUGCUCCUGUUGUGGUUGAUGAUAGAGACUCAUUCUCAAGCAUUGCAGCUGUUAUAAACUCUGAGAGUCAAGUGGAUACUGCAGUUGAGAUUGAUUCUAUGGUCACUCUUUCGACAUCGUCUUCGGUGAGAAGGAAUGAGAAUGGUUCGAGAGUGUCUGAUGUAGACAGUGCAGAUUCUCGUCCGCCUAGGAGGAGGAGAUUUACUUGAGAAACAUAAAUAAAAAAGCUUUCAACCU